CACCCUCCGGCCCGCAGCCCCCUCGGAAGCUGCUAGGCGGAAGUAGACGUUCGGGGACUCGGCGGCGCCGAGUCCACAUCCGGGAGAGGCGAGGAGAGCGGAAGUGGCGUUGGUCCGGCCGGAGCCCUUGGGUGGAAGUGUGAGGCGUGGAGAGGGAGUGAUGUCUUCCAGACUCGGUGCAGUCCCCGCCAACCUUUCCCUGGGACACGGCUUUGAGAACGGGGGAAGAUGAAGGCUCUGGUCUUGUCACCCGCCUUUACAGUGUAGGAAGAUAGGACGGCAUGCUUUUUCUAAAAAGUGUUGCCUUCUUCCGUUUGAGACUCCGGGACCCACAUCCUUUAAGCAGCAGAGGAGCACGAGGAUCGUGGGAGCUAAGAAUGACUGAUUUUCCAGCAUCUUUCCGAAAAUCUACCUACUGGAUGAAGAUGAGAAGGAUCAAGUCAGCUGCUCCUUCUCAUGUUGAAGGAUCAGGUGGAAUAUCAACCAAAGGAAAAAGGAAACCCAGGCAGGAAGAAGAUGAAGACUAUCGAGAAUUUCCUCAGAAGAAGCAUAAACUUUAUGGGAGGAAGCCACGGCCUAAAACUCAGCCUAAUCCCAAAUCCCAGGCUCGUCGUAUUCGGAAGGAACCACCCGUUUAUGCAGCAGGCAGUUUGGAGGAGCAAUGGUAUUUAGAAAUCGUAGAUAAAGGCAGUGUCUCCUGUCCUACCUGCCAGGCAGUGGGGAGGAAAACCAUAGAGGGUUUAAAGAAACACAUGGAAAACUGCAAACAGGAAAUGUUUACUUGUCAUCAUUGUGGGAAACAACUUCGCUCACUGGCAGGGAUGAAGUAUCAUGUCAUGGCAAAUCAUAAUAGUUUGCCCAUUUUGAAGACCGGAGAUGAUAUAGAUGAGCCAAGUGAGAGGGAACGGCUCCGAACAGUUCUAAAGAGACUGGGAAAGCUCAGGUGCAUGCGUGAGAGUUGCUCCAGUAGCUUCACCAGCAUCAUGGGAUAUCUGUACCAUGUCAAAAAAUGUGGCAAAGGGGCUGCAGAGCUGGAGAAGAUGACCCUGAAAUGUCACCACUGUGGAAAACCAUAUAGAUCGAAGGCUGGACUUGCGUAUCACCUGAGGUCAGAGCAUGGGCCUAUCUCCUUCUUUCCAGAGUCGGGACAGCCAGAGUGCUUAAAGGAGAUGAGCUUGGAGUCAAAGAGUGGUGGCCGAGUUCAGAGACGUUCUGCCAAAAUAGCUGUAUACCAUCUGCAGGAGCUGGCCUCUGCUGAACUGGCUAAGGAAUGGCCUAAGAGGAAGGUGCUUCAGGACCUGGUACCUGAUGAUCGGAAGUUAAAAUAUACUCGCCCUGGGCUACCUACCUUCAGCCAGGAAGUACUACACAAAUGGAAGUCAGAUAUCAAGAAGUAUCAUCGCAUUCAGUGUCCUAAUCAGGGAUGCGAGGCAGUCUACAGUAGUGUAUCUGGCCUUAAAGCUCACCUGGGCUCUUGUACAUUGGGAAACUUUGUGGCUGGAAAAUACAAGUGUCUUCUGUGUCAGAAAGAAUUUGUGUCAGAGAGUGGUGUCAAGUAUCACAUCAACUCUGUCCAUGCUGAGGAUUGGUUUGUUGUAAACCCAACAACAACCAAAAGCUUUGAAAAGCUGAUGAAGAUAAAGCAGCGGCAGCAAGAAGAAGAAAAGCGGAGGCAGCAGCACAGGGGCAGAAGGUCCCUAAGAAGGCGGCGGCAGCCUGGCAUUGAGCUUCCUGAGACAGAGCUGAGUCUUAGAGUAGGGAAGGAUCAGAGGAGGAAUAAUGAGGAAUUGGUAGUGUCGACCUCCUGUAUGGAACCAGAGCAAGAGCCAGUGCCAGCACAGUUCCAGAAAGUAAAGCCCCCAAAGACUAAUCAUAAACGAGGAAGGAAAUAGGCAGUCAGUGUGAAAAGUGCUCCUAGGAGAGUGGAUGAGAUGCUGGUGUCAUGGGGACCUAUGCUGGGAGGACUGAGUCAUGGGGCUGAAUGAAGAUCCUUCCAGCUGUUUGUGUAAGGCUGUAACUUUCUCACCUCCUUUCACCUGUGUAAAUUUCACUGUCUUCCCUACUUAUUCACUUUCAUCCCCCUCCCCACCCCCUUUUAGUAGGUUUUCUUGCUAUUCCUCAUUGGAGUCCUCUUAUUUUUCUCUUAUCUUGCCCAAAGAGCUCCCUCUUAAGGCCAACUCUAGGCCCCUCUUGACCUGUACAAGACUGAGAAAACUGUUUGGUUGCCCUUUCCUUCCUGGGGCAUAGAAUGUUCUUAGAAGCUCCAUUGAUUUAGUAGUCAUGCCGUCAUCUAGCUUAUAAAAUGAUUCCAAACUAAUUUUUUAAAACCAUAACCGAUUUAUCAUUUUGUAUUUGUGAUAUUACAAGCCUAGAAAGCUAGAACUGUUGUCACUUAUGUAAUAAAGUUACCCUGUCUCCUUGGGAAACAAACUUUAUGGAGGCUGUUUGUCCUCUCAAUAUGGGUUUAGGAUUGAAAAUAAGAAAAUGGACUUAGAAUAAAAGAGCUAGAACCUCCCUACACUGGUUAUUGCUGGAAGAUAUUUUGUUUGUACCAAUUAGCAGUGAUUAACUAGCCCCACAGGCAUGGAAAGCAGACUUAGGAGUAAUGUGUCCCAAACAUUAAAAUGACUGGAAAAAAAUUUAAAAAAUAAAAAAUAAAAAUAAAAUGACUGGAAAGAAAAAGUAGAAGCAGCUAUAAGUACUGCCCCAACUUUCCUAGGGCCUAGGGCCUCAUCUGUUGCUAUGAUCAGUGCCCUCCUGAAACUCCUUUGGUUUUAAGAUAGAGAAAUAUCACAUUGCCCCUAAUAUUUUGACAAAGUAUCCUAUCCAGUAUCCUUAUCGAGUGCUUCUGGUAAGAUUGGAAAUCAAAAUGCACAUUCCUUCUCCCCUGGACUUUACCUCAGUUGUUAGUCUACACCCCACUAAGUCCUUACCCACCCCUUUAGCCAACCUCUUUCUCUUUGAAUUUUCUGAGAAUAUUGUCCUUCUAUCCUCUUUUAUAUAUGAAGUUCUAUCCUCUUUAUAUCCUGAGACCUUGACACCAGAUGUAGAUAUUUAUCUGGAGCUGAAAAGAAAACAAUUUUUUUUGUAUCUCUUGCCUACCUGGUAAUGUUUAAUGGACUAUUUCUCUUUGAGGGUGGCUUUCUCUGGAGUAUUGGUUAGAGCAGCUUUGUUGUCGUGUUUCUGGGUUCUCUUUCAAUUUUGCAUAAAUAUUGGUCUUAUAUAUCCUUGCAUUUUUGUGGCGUAUGUCACAUAAAAAUUUAACCCUGACAUGGAUACUACCUUUUCAAAUUCUGAAAGGCUAUUACUACUCUUUAACUUUCUGUUCUCUGUGCUCCUCCAAAUAGCUUUAAAACGUGGGCUUUUGUGAAGACCACUUUCAGACAAGGGAGCAUUGAAGCCUGAACUGUAUACUGCCCGAAUAGGUAGUUUUGAGACAAGUGAAGGAUGUGGUGUAUCCACUCGACAUUUUUGUUGGCAGUUGUGCCCUUAAAGCCCUUUCAGUAAAGGAUUGUCAGGGAGGAGAAAUAAAGAAGCUAUGUUAAUUUCUGGUGAGUAAGAUUGGGGGGAUGUUUGGCAAUGACAAAAUAAAUAAAUGACUCUCGGUUAAAA